GCGCAAGAGAAACAUAAUUUGAACUUUAGACUUCGAAACCAAACAGUUAAAUGAUAGAGAACUGACUAGACAUAACACAUGGAACACGGUUAAGCAACUGCCCAAUACACAUAAUGCAAUUCCCUUGAUCUCAGUGUGAAAAUGGUCAAGUAUUUUGAGGUAUCAUCAUAAAUUUUAUCCUGAUUCAGUUUUGCAUCAACAUAAAAGACGAUGACAUAUGAAAAACCUGAAACCAAAACAUCAUCGAUUUUCAAUUUAAGGUAGUUAAGGCACAUCAUCUAUGGUUUAUGUUUGUCAUUAUUCAUAAGUCACUGCACAUCCUUCCACUUUAUCCUCCUACAGUAAAUCAUCUCGUAACACAAAGCCAUUGUAAAUUAAGGCGACAAUUACAUAAAGGUAUGUGCAUCAUGGAUGGUAGGAGUGAAAAAUCUAAUGAAGAAGGCAAGAUGUAAAAAUUGUCACUCUGUAGUAUCAGAAUUCCCCCUAGUGGGGUGAAUUCAAACAUGAUUCAUGAUAAGAAACAAUGGAAUCGUUUGAUCUGUUAGAAUAUAAUUAGGAUUAAUUAGCAUUAAUGAUCAAACACCAUUGUCAUCCGCUGUGUAAUGAGUAAAAUAUAGGCCAAGGCCCAAUUCAUUAGUAAUUGAUUUACUAUAAAUAGAUAUAACAGAAAUGUAAUAGGGAAGGAUGAAUUGGGUAAUGAAUAUAGUUCCUUUUCUGGAAUUCCUUUCAUGGAAUUAUCUCUCUCCCUCUUAAUUCUCUCUGAUUAAUUAAUUCUUCUCUAUUCUUAAAUCUUACCCCUUACGCUGGUGCUUUCAUUGACCACCAUUUUUCUAUUUUCAUGGUGGUUUGGCGAUCUCACCUCCAAUGGAGCAAAUUGGAAGUGUAGCUGAAUAUUUUACUGCUUUUUUGUCUUCUGUUCAAAGAGUAAUUUGGACUGAUACUGAAAUAUUGAAGACAUUUCUCAAUGGAUUGGAAACUUAUAUCCAUAGAGAAAUUAUCUUUGAUGAUCCUAAAACUCUUUCUGAUGCAUUUUAUUUGGCAAAGUAUUAUGAAGAACGCUGGAGCAAUCCAUUUUCAGAAAUUUCAAAGCCAAAAUUAUCAUCUCAGCACCAGAUCCAGAAAAGUUCAUCAACAAAAAUUUCCUAUCAAUCACUGUAUCAAAGUCUAGAAUCCGCAUUUCAAGCAAAAAUUCAAAUCCAGAAUUCCACAGUAGACACCAGAGAAAAAUCAUCAACAGAACACAAAAUCAGAAAUUCAGAAGCAGAAUCAUCAAUCCAAACUCAAGAUCAAGCGAAAUUACAGACUGCGGAUACAGAUUUUACAUCCUCAAGAAUUCAACUAUCUAAUUCAAUACCUCAACAACAGUUUUCAGCAUCAACAACAGCACUUCCAGAUCUGCGAAGGGAGCUUCAGAUUCAAGAAACGACCUCCCUGAAUGCCGGACCGCGACCUCUCAACGCCAGCGAUCGUACGUGGAGGGAAACAGCACCCGUUGCGGAGGACGACGACGUCCACGUCGACAGAACCGCUCGAAGUAGUGACGGCAGGCUCAGCAAGGCCAACAGUGGCGCCGAGGACGGCGCCGUCGCGAAGGGGAAGGUGGAUGACACAGAUCUAUGGGAUCGGGAACCGACACCAAAGCCGCCUUGCAGGUUUACGGACGCGGUGGUCAGAGGCGGAGCAGCUGCAAGAAAGCCCGCACCAGAACCAAGACCACGGAAGACGAACGACGCGGUGGUAGCAAGCGGCGCCUCCGCGAAGGCAAAGCUCGCGACGACCCGAGUUGACGAAGCGGCGAAGGUUAGAAGAGGCGUUCUGUUCCAUUGUGUUCCCUCAAUCGUGGCCAAACCACCACCACUCACGGUGGCGGUUUUUCCAUGGGACCGCGAGCAUAGAGGCAGCACAGAGAAGAAGCGGGACGAGGUGUUGUCUCCGUGGGUGGCGAUGGACCAAGCAGCAGCACAGGAGCCUACCCAGGCAAAGCAGACGGCGGAGAUGCAGAGUGGUCAAGAGAUGAGUGGUGGCUGUUUUGGAAUGGUGCCUUCUCUUCAACAAGAGUCCAAUUCACAUCAACAAAUAGAUUUAGGCCUACCAAAAAAUAUUUUAAAAAGAUGGAGGGCCUAGUUUUUUUUAAACAGUGGGAUCCUGGAGGUAAUUUUUUAUU